AAACUUUACCUAGUCAGCUCAUUAAGUUUCUGAAAGACUCGAUCGCAUAAAUUACAUGGAAAUUCAAUCUUCUCCAUUUCAUCUUUAUGAAUCCUCAUGUGUGAGGCCAUUGUUGUUUGUGUAUCAAACACUUUACCGCACAUGAUGCAAGGCCAUUCUUUUACGUCUGGUCCAAUUUUUAAUGUCAUUCCAGAAUGUAUAAUUUUGUGUCUUUCAAGUGAUUCAGCCGUUUGGAAUCGUUGAAAGCAAUCGUCACAGGCGAAUGGUCUUCUAUUGACAUCAUGAGUCUUUUCAUGCCUAGCAAGUUUCGAUGGUUUUUCAAACAUUUUCAAGCAAGUUUUACAUUGAUGCCUUUUUACUCUUUUGGGUUUUUUAUCUUCUUUGACAUCCUCCUCAUCUAGUUCAUUCUUGCCUUCUAUUAAUUCUAUGUCUGGUUUGAUCAUUGAAACGUCAUGAACCAUCAUUUUCAUACUAUAAUCUUCAUCAUCGUAAUCUAUCUGUUCUUCUUUUAUAAUUACAUCAGAUAGCAUCAAAUGAAGCUCUCGUUCGGAUUGAGCACUCCUUUCACAUAGAUCAUGUGCAUUAUGCAGGAUAUUAUAGCAAUUUUCACAAAUAUAUUUUGAUAAUUUGUCAUCUUUAAGUACGGUAAUUUUAAAACAGAAUUUUCGAAUGACAUCCACAACUGGACUUUCUUCUAUGUAAGAAUCAAAAAGCGAUUUAGGAUUCUCUGUUAUUUCACUGACACAAAGUCUGCACAAAUCCUUUAUUUGAUCCAUUUUUAAGAUUUUUCAGAUUUUCUUGUGUUAUUUACAUUUACGAUUAAAGUCUUCCACGUACGAAACUUUUGGGGUACGACUUUAAAAUCUCGUUUAUUUUUUCAAUUUUUUGAAAUUAUCAUUAACGGUUUUUGAGACGAUUACUUUAAUAAAUUUGCAGUUAUUAAGAUCUUCGAUGAUUGUCAUGCUAUAAUUAACAUUUGCUGAUAACUAUCAAGCAAUUUUACAUUAGUUCCAUUAGAUCCAGUUCUUAAUUGCUCAUUCUUUCGUCAAUUGUCAAGUAAACAUGAAGUUCCGUAAAAUUCUAGGAUAUGAACCGACUGAAAACCAAGGCAAACUGAGCUUCAUUCUAUGGAGAUGUAUUCAGACAUUCAUUUAUAUUGGAUAUAUGAUAUUUUUCUUCAUUAAUCGAGACAAAAUCGUGUAUAGAGAUGAUUUGUGGGGUAAAACAGCUGACUAUUAUAAAUCCAUGAUAUCCUUCACCAGUGCCUUUGUAAUAGUUGUGGAACCGAUGUUUAAUUAUCAUAAUUACAAAGCCUUUCAGGAGCGAUUGAAGUCUUUUCACAAACUGCUUAAUGAAAAAAUUGAGAAUUUGGCUGAUGUUAAGAAGAUCCAGAAUGAAAUAAUGAGGAAAUUAAGGAACAUAAUUGUGUCAUUUAUGGUCAUUUAUAUUCUUUGUGAAAUCAACAAUUUCUAUCGAUCGAUGAAAAUCGAACAAACUAGAAACAUCUAUUUCUGCUUUUUCAUCAUUACUAUCCUCCUUUAUUCUAAAGUUUGGUUCAUUGUGCAUCGCCUGCUCAUCAUUAAUGAGUGCUUAGUGAUUUUAAUUAAAGCAAUGCAGUUUAUUAACCAGGAACUGGCAAAUAAUGAUAAGCUAGACUCAAAAGUUUACAACAAGAUGAUUCAUGAUAAAUACUUGGCUGUCAUCAACUUGUACAAGCUGGUUCAAAAAAUGGUGGGAAUUUUUAAUGAUUUAGGAUUUCCUCAACUUGUUAUUUUACUAGCUAUCAAGUUGUACUUGAUGGGUGACUUCUACUGGAUUUCUCUAGUGACUAUGCACAAUAGGAUUCGAAUGGCUGUUACUUAUACUCUUUUGGUUGCAAGUUUCCCAAAGAUAUUAAUUCUAUUAAUUCAAGCUUAUUUAUCAGAAAGGAUUAAUGUUCAUAACUCAAAGAUCAUUAACUUGAUCCACAAACAGCAAAUUGUCAAUAACAAGCAGCAGCCGCUAACUGAACACUUUAUUUACACUAUUUUGAUGGACAAGUUAGAGAUUUAUCCUGUUGGAGUCGUCAAAUUUGACUAUUCAACAUUACGUGAUGUGGCAAUUGACAUCAUGCAAGCACUCUUCAUUUUCAUUCAACUCAUUCCUAUAUACUUUAACUUGUCAUAAGUAGGCUUAAUGAGUUAUUAAGAUAAUAUGUUGCACCUCCAAAAUGUCUGUCAUACUGCAAUGAAUUAAAGUCAGUUUGGUACAACAAUUAAUUUAUUGCACUUUUAAAUAUUAUAUGCUUUGGAUGUCUUACAAAUAUUAAAAGUCAAAAAAUGGAUUUUUAUCCGAGAAUGUAUACUCAUUUGUGGUAUUUCCACCUCUUCUGUCUGUCGGAAUUGAUGA